GUCCUCCUACAACUUCAGUUUAGCACUUUAUAGAUAAAAUCCGUUUUGCCAGUUCCAAAGUCUGAACUUUUGUGAGUAGCAUUUCAGGUAUUGUGCAAUGCUGGGAGAACAGGAUUCCACAUCUAUAGGAGGGCAUUAGCGUAAUAAGAAGUUUGAAGAUUAAAAGUUGUUCCUCCGCUACGUCCAUUGCCUUCUUCAAGCAACAAACAACAUAAGAACUUCUUCAAAAAACAAACAACAUAAGAACAGGAAAACAGGCAAGAGCCUUCCUCCCCCUCCUUCUCAGUAGCAACUCAGAAAACCAUCAGAAUUGCUGGUCUUGCUUGGUACUACGUUUGCCAUGGUUCAGAUCAAAGAGUUCCGGAUCGUCAUGCCCAUGUCGAUGGAAGAGUAUGAAAUAGGCUUGAGCUACACCAUCAUGAAGAUGGAGCAGCAAAACACAAAUAGCAAGGAGGGUGUAGAAGUACUGCGGCAAGUCCCAUUUGAGGAUGAGAAGCUUGGCAAGGGGCAAUUUACCUCAAAAGUUUAUCAUUUGCAGAGCAAAAUUCCAUCAUGGAUGAAGGGCUUUGCACCUUCCAGCGCUCUCACAGUGCAUGAGGACUCUUGGUGUGCAUUUCCAAAGAGCAGAACAGUGAUCAAGUGCCCACUUUUCAGCAAAUGUUCACUCACCAUUGACACUGUAACCAGACCUGACAACGGUUGCUCUGAAAAUGUGCACAAUUUGACCAGUGAGCAAUUAGCCGCAAGAGAAGUUGAGAUCAUCGACAUCGCAUCUAUAUCACGAGACUACUGGAGUAAGGUGAUCGGUGCUCCGAAUGUCGACCUGACAACCUUCAAGUCACAACGAACAGAACGAGGCCCUCUUCUGAAGGGAUGGAUGGAUUCGUGCGUUCCGGUGAUGACCACAUACAAGCUGCUGAUCAUGGAUGCUCCUAUAUGGGGCCUCGGCGAACGGCUCGAAGAUUGCAUCAUUGCGGGGGAGAGGGCGCUGUUCUUGGCAUGCCACCGGCUGUGCUUCGCGUGGAUCGACGAGUGGUACGGCAUGACCAUGGAGCAGAUCCGAGAGAUGGAGCGGCAGACCGACAUGCUGCUCAAGAAGCUGAGGCGUUGCUUCAUCGCAGACGCUGAAAAAGCCCGGGAAGGCCGGGAGCAAGCACGAGGGCAACAAGAAGACGCUCAAAGACGAGAUAGUGGCCGUGGGGAGCUGCACGUAGUGCUAGACUGCUAGUUUUAUGUGACGGACCAUUGAUUCCGUUGACAGCCUAUCGCCGUUGGGGGCGGGGUAUUGGCGGCAGAAGCCCGACGCGCUGUACAUGGGAUGUCAGUACUCAGUAGUAUGUCAUAGAUUAGGCAUGUGUAAUGUGUCCACAUCUGUCUGGUAGAACUGAAGAACAUAUGCAUCGCUGUAUGUAUGCAUACAAUAUAUAUACAGUACAAUCAAGGCAGGCAUUUGGGGUUUGUCUUUAAACCACCCAAAACUAGCAAGUUAGCUCGUGCAAAUAGCGUAGGAUCUCUUAUAGCCAAGCUAAGGUUGAUGUGGAGGAGAGAAAGAGGAGAGAGAUGAUAGUUUGGCUCUUAUGUAAGCACCAAGCUGAGCACGGAUGCAUAGGUAGUAGUGGGACCAAAUAGUAAGUGUUGUGAGAAGGAAUAGGAAAGAAAAUGUGUUUUAGAGACAAGUAUCAGACAACUUAUUGUAUAAAUUGGCUUUAAUCACUUGAUUUAUAGCCAAACACUUGGCUCUAUUA